GAUUAUAUACCACGAUCCAAAAUUAGCAAAACCAUUUAAUAAUUUCCAUAAUAAUAAUACACUUACAACCUGAAAUCUGAAUGACGCCAGCCAUGACUAUAUCCUUUUUUUUUUUUUAGAAUCACAGCCAUGACUAUAUCAGUAGUGUAGAGUAGACAGAAAGAGAGGGAGUUUGUGAUUGUGAGUUUGUCUGUUUGUUUUUGGCAAAGCAAAAGAUGUGGAUUUUUAGCUGGAAAGGGCCAUCUGGGUUCUCAGCCUCUUCCACAGCUGAGGAAGUUACCCAAGGAAUUGAUGGAACUGGUCUUACUGCUAUUGUCACAGGAGCAUCAAGUGGUCUUGGUGUAGAGACAACACGUGUUCUUACGUUGCGUGGUGUCCAUGUUAUUAUGGCUGUAAGGAACACUGAUGCUGGUAAGAAUGUCAAAGAACAAAUACUGAAGGAAAUCCCCAAUGCUAAAAUUGAUGUCAUGGAUUUAGAUCUUAGCUCAAUGGGAUCCGUAAGGAAAUUUGCAUCAGACUAUAAUGCUUCAGGUCUUCCACUGAAUCUCCUCAUUAACAAUGCAGGGGUGAUGGCAACUCCGUUCAUGCUUUCCCAAGACAACAUAGAACUGCAGUUUGCAACUAACCAUUUAGGUCAUUUUCUUUUGACAAACCUUCUAUUGGAGACCAUGAAAAAAACGGCUCAUGAAAGCAACAAGGAGGGAAGGAUUGUUAAUUUAUCAUCAGAUGGUCACCGAUAUGCGUAUCAUGAAGGGAUUCGUUUUGAUAAGAUCAAUGAUGAAUCAGGAUACAACAGUAUCUAUGCUUAUGGACAAUCAAAGCUUUCCAACAUUUUGCAUGCUAAUGAGCUUGCGAGGCGCUUGAAGGAAGAAGGGGUAGAGAUAACUGCUAAUUCCCUUCAUCCAGGAGCAAUUGUUACAAAUCUUCUGCGUCACCACAGUUUCUUGAAUGUUCUUGCUAAUACACUUGGUAAAUAUGUGCUGAAAAAUGUUCCUCAGGGAGCAGCAACUCAAUGCUAUGUGGCAUUGCAUCCACAAGUUAAAGGAAUAAGUGGUGAAUAUUUCAUGGAUAGUAAUAAAGCAAAAGCAAGCUCUCACGCUCAAGAUGCAGAAUUGGCAAAGAAAUUAUGGGACUUCAGCUUGAGCAUGACCAAUCAAAACUAGUUGGGAUUUAAGGCGUUGUUAAGUUGUUGGCUUACUCUGUCCUUAUAUAAAAUUAAAGCACAAGACAUUGUAAAAAGCUGUGUUCAUUGACAUUUGAUGAGUAUUUGGAUGAACUAUUCAGAAUUCUAAUCCUAAUGUAGCAGUACUAUUUUGAUUUUCA